AGUCUGUCAGACGAAUUAUCAAAACAAUAUCUUUCAACUGGCCACACCGAUCUGAGCAGCGAUCUGCGUCGAUAUGUUUGGAUGCAUUGUCUCUGGACGUUUAGUUCAAACAGAUGCCCAACAAGUUGGACCAACCCAAUUUGUUUUCAACUUAGCUGAUGUUGAAAGAAUUCACCAUGUGAUUGUCUUCCUGACGGGUGUCACACCCUUUCCAGAUGGGAUGGGUGGAGGAGUUUAUUAUUGUUAUCCAACUCCUGAAGGACCAACAUCACAGUUGCUUGGAUUCAUUGGCAACAACAAGCCCAGUGCUAUAUUUAAACUCGCAAAGGCAAGGCCUGAGGAAAGAGUACAGAAUCCAUUUGCAUUGAAUGCUGGUAUGGCUCUUGACCAGGUAGGGGCUCAAAUUGGUAUCUCAAUUGAGCCCCUGGACCAGUUAGCCCAGCAGACUCCAGCAAGUCACACAACACCGUCAAACUUGAACUCAUAUGUAGAGUACACACAAAAAAUGUUAGAGAAUUUCUUCAAUUUUGCUUCAUCAUUUGCCAUUACUCAGGGGCAAAUGACGCCAAACCCCUCAGAGAGCUUUGUACCCUUAAGUGUGGUACAAAAGUGGUAUGAAAAUUAUCAGAGGAAAAUGACGAAUGAUCCGAAUUUUUGGAAACGUUAAUGGUAUGAAUUUGACACUAUACACUUAUAGGAAUUUAAUGUAUUUUAGAGGCAAGGAGCAGGAAUGGGGUAAAGUACCCUUUAGAAGAGUUUGCAAAAAAAUAAGAAAGCUUGAUAGCUAAAUAUAGACUGUGAUUAGUAGACUUGCAUACGCCCUACAGCGACAAGAGGUUUUAAAAGGCAGGGCGUGGUAGCAAAAUGCAACAUGCCUGCUAAUCUCUCUGUAAGAGAAACACUUAUCGAACUUCGUGACUCGCUCGUCGGAAAGUAAUUAUACCAGCAGUUGUUAUGAAACGUAGACAAUUCUUGAAAAUAGUUUGAAGAGUUUUAACCCGGGAGGCGAUCUUCUUUGCUGGUCAGCGUCAGACUUUUUGCCAUUUCCAAAUUAAGCUAUCAUUAAUACGGAAUUUAUUUCGUUGCUGUGGUACU